AGACCGCGACUGCUGGGGCCCUACUCGCACAGAAAGAGAGCGAGGGCCAGACAGAGGACUCACUUUGCUGCAUAGAGAGCUCGAAGGUGAUCUAGAGCUCUUGCGUUUCCGAAGCGGAGUGAGAUCGGCGGAUUUCUCGAUCGGUCUUGCGAGAGGUCGUGCUGUUGCUGGAGAGCAGAAGCAGAGUUUUUGAAGAGUUCGAAGGCUCGAGAUCUAUGGAUCCGGACAGCGUUGCGAAAGCUUUUGUGGAUCACUACUACGCAACGUUCGAUACCGUGAGGGUGAAUCUCUUGGGGUAUUAUCAGGAUGCUUCCAUGCUCACCUUCGAAGGCGAAAAGAUUCAGGGCGCACAAAACAUCUAUGCCAAGCUCACCAGCUUACCCUUCCAGCAGUGCAAGCACCACACCACUACCGUAGAUUGCCAGCCAUCUGGCACUGCCGGUGGCAUGCUCGUGUUUGUCAGCGGUAACCUCCAAUUACCUGGCGAGGAUCACCCUCUGAAAUUUAGUCAGAUGUUCCACCUGAUUCCCACCUCAACGGGGAGCUUCUACGUCUUCAAUGACAUCUUUCGACUGAACUACGCAUAGGCGCCAUCGCUCUGGAUUUCCAUCAUGUACGAUUUUGUGGGAACACACAAUUGUGCAGCCAACUCAUCAAAGGUUUUUAGAAUUUGGCCUGAGACUUUGAGAUGGUUGCUUUUGUCUGCGUGGCACAUCAACGAAUCUACUCCAGCGACUCUCUGGACGUUCAUAGUGAGAUCUAGGCAGGAUUGACGAACGUUUUACUGUUUUCUGAUUCCGGCCGGGAUCUUACUCUCAGGAUAGGGUGUUCAUUUUGCCUCUAGUGCAUAUUGUUUAAGUAGUUGCUGGUACACUUGUUUGUAUGCAGUACAUGGCCAAGGAAUGAGUGGGUUGAUGUAAUAUGAUCUCUUGGAACUGUUUAUGAGUAUUUGUUCAUGCACUAUCGCCAGCGAAGUCCACGAUUCAAC